AUGGAGGCGGUUGUAUCGGGUGACGCGAGCGAGGAGGCGCGCGCCGAACGUAAACGCAGACAGCGGCAGGCGCAAGAGGAGUUCCGGCAACGUCAGUUAUUGAAACAGAAGGCGGGGCUCGAUGAAAAGCAGGAGCUGCACAAAACUGGCAACAGUUUUGACAAGUUGCUGAUGGAGAUACCCACUCAGGACAUAGUGAUCGAGGAGACGGGAGCGACGGCAGGCGAGCAGACCACCGCUAAAAGGAGUUCCCCUUUACCUGAAGGGAACGCGGUCAAGAGGCGAGCCAGCUUCAUCAACAGGCUGGAUAUAGUGGAGACUGACUGAACAUUACCGUGCAACGUCACGGUUUCACUCAACCGUUAAUAGAUGUCGCUAGUGUUUUAAUCUGAUGAUUUUUCUUUAUUAAUGUCUUGCUUUUUGCAACUUCGUCCUCUUGUCACCCGCAUAUGAUGUAGCUUGGUGAAAGAAAUUUUAAAUCUGACCAGUAGUUUCAGAGCCUAUUCAAUGCAAAUAAUUAUUUUGUUUAUAAGUGUAGAUUAAAUGCAUAUCUAUUAGUCGACACAUGCCAAUUUUUUAUCGCUAUGUGCUGCAUUUGAAUUAUUUUACAUUUUAAAAUGCCUUUACGUCAUACGUGUCCUUUGA